AAGAUGGCCGCGACUCCUACUUCGGCAUCUAGCUUUAAAUAGAUAUAUAGCACAUCAACAGUUGAUAUCCCGGGCGACUCACAGCGCGCGUUCGUUGUGUCUUCAAAAGUCCAAAUGUGGAUUUCAUCGGGGACAUGGACGCCGCGCAAAUCUUCCGGGAUCAAUUUAAUCCACAGGGCGAAGCCGAGGCCAAAUGGUUAGAAGGGUUAUUCCACUUCGUCAGAGAGCAUGUGUGGCCCCUGAUGGUUGGCAGCGACCUCACUUGUCCGACAGACGAUGAAGCGAUCUCUCAGCUGAGCGCGAGUGUGAUAAAAAGGAUACAAGGGACGAUACCCAACUCGCGCAUGCUACCUGUUAGCUACACGUUGACGUGCGUCUCCGAGCUUCUUUCUCACCAGCGGCUUGCCUGCGCCAGUUACCCGUGGCCAGGCACUGAUCGGGAAAGGGCGGCGACCCCGGGGCGUAGGGUUCUCCCACGGGAGCGCCUUCUGCUGAUGGGUCGUUUGACGCACGGCGGCAACGGAGAGUGGAUGCUGACGGACGCCAGCGGCAGUGUCGUGUGCGAGAUUGUGUCCCCUUCACCUCUGUGGAUGGGUCGUCUGGUCUUCCUCCCCCACUGGCACUACUUCCCCCAUAACGCCGUCGGGCAAGAGCCUUCGGAGCCUCGGGGCCACGUGGAGCUGAUCGGCUCUCCCGUUCUGCUCCGUCCCGGUCCUACGCAGCAAAUGUCCGUUGCUCCUGCGGCGGGAGUGAACAGCGAUCCAGUCCCCGUCAAAGAAGCUCUGUCUGUAGUCUACAACAGGGUCCGAGGACAGCUUGUGUCCGUAUGCGGACAGGUGGCUUCCGUCUGCCCCACGCUAACCAUUUCAGGAAUGUCCUUCUUCUUCUUCACGUUGUCAGAGGACUCGCACGUGCUACCCGUUCUGGUCAAGACCAGCAGCAAACUGUGGUGGGCAAAAUGCAUGUCUGUCGGCGAGUGCGUGCGCGUGACAGCAUUGUGCGUGUCCGUGCUUCGAGUGUGGGGCGGAAACAACAUCCUGUGCGCCACCGAUCGCUCGGAAAUGCACAAGAUGCACGAUCGCGAGCCCGUGGAGGAGGCGGCCGAGGAGGAAGCGGAAACAUCACAGCCCGAUUCUGUCCGCAAACGCUCUAGUGUCAUCAGUUACCAGGGAACAGUGACGGAGGUGGUGAGCGCGGGGGCGGGGCUAUUCGUGAUGGACGGGAAGCUGGGACUCUGUCUGGCCUAUCGGCCGGAGAUGAGCCGGAAGCUUCGAGUUGGUGAUGAGCUGUUGCUCCAUCGUGUUCACUUCCUGCACCGGCCCUGUCCUGACUACCCUCCGAACGUGCUUUGCGCCUGUCUUCGCACCACCGUGACAGUCACCAAGUUCAGUUCUGACGCGGCGCCAGCCACCGACCGCAACUGCCCCGACGAUGGCGUGCUGCAGCGAUUGCUGGUGGAGAGGAACCUGGACGUGUCUCGUUACCUGUGGACGUGCCAACUGUGCGCCGGGCUUCAACGCAGCCUGCUUCCCAGCGCGUCACAACAGUGCGUGUGCGUGUUGUCAUGGAAACUGAUGGAAGCGAUGUCCGGUCGAGGGCCGCAAAACAGGCGGAACAUCUACGUUGAGAUGUUGGACGAGCCUCACGCUUGUCCGCUGACACAGUACGGCGGUGACCGGAUGCAGCAUCAGUACACGAACCUGUCAGAGCUCCGCGAGUCCCUCGAAGAGGACUGUUGGGCGUCCUUGUCUCUCAGUUCACUGUUGCCGCCUGGCGGAGGCGGUCUGACUUCAGCCCAGAUGAACGCCGCCCUCUCCUGGUCGAGCAGGAUUUUGACGUCGGACCCCGCCUUCGAGCAGCAAGACGCACAAGCGCUCAGACAGCGCCCUCUGCUGGUGGUAGGCGUGCUAGAGCUGCCUUCAGGCUCAUCCUUCCAUACCCUGCAGCUGAGGGACUGCAAAGGGGCCGUCGCCUGUGUUUUCACGGAAACCAACGAAGAAGACGACACUGACCAGAGCGCCGCCUUUAACACGGCGUGGCUAGGUUGUCUCGUGUGCGUUGAGCAGUUCACCAUGGUAACCGAGCGGUACAUCCAAUCAGAUUUCCCGUCGUACCAACAUCUGGAUCAGCACAAGUUUAUCACAUACAAGAACUGUAGUGUUUACCUGCAGUUUUCCCAAAAGAGCGUCCGCAUUUUGAGUCCAUCCGUUGCCAUGCAAAACCACCUGUGUGAAAAAGGGGCGGAGUCAGAGGAGAAAAUGGAAGUCGCGUCCUGCUCCGUUACCGCGACAACCUGCGUCUCGGUGGUCCUCCGGGUGGAGCAGAAGGAUGGCGUGACGUGGCGGGAGGAGGAGGCGUCGUUCUCGGUUAAAGCAACCGCGAUUGGUCCGUUGGCAACCUGGGGGCGGGACCCCAAGAACGGCCCGAUCAAAGACUUUGAGACAGGAAAUGAAAGCACCGUGACCUUGCUGUGCUCAGGCGUUUCGGCGCGCUGGUUUCCCCUCCUUCAACCAGGUCGCUUUUACCGACUGGUGGGGAUCGGCGUGAAUGACGACGGCGAAUUUCGGUUGAGCCGGGACGUAGCACUACAAGUGUGCCACGACUGGAAGUUCUACACAUUGAGGCGCCGUUUCCAUUCAAGCGCUAACGUAGCGGCGCCGUUCACGAUGUCACAAGUCCUGGACUGCAGGGCAGACGUAGUGUGUUUUCAGGGGUUGGUCACGGAACGGCUCAAUCUGAACGACAAGACGAAGGACGCCGGGAACGAGAACAUUGAUCUACGUCUCACUGUGUGCGAGCAAAGUGGAAGGAGCCUUCACGUCUACUUGAACUUGAACCAAAAGACGUAUCAGCCGGGCCUGCUGCCGGGCAACACGCUACUUUUUUCCGCGUUCCGGAGGAGAGUUUCCAGGUCCGGCCGCGUGUACUGCAGUAACAUCGCGGUCAGCUGGGUGGCGGUAGUGCGGGUUCAAGACAAGAGGUCGGAGGAGCACAUGCCAGCUCCCAUCAUGCAGCUGGCCCUGUGGACGGAUCGCUCCCGUACAGUGGGCCGGGUCAAGGGGCACCUGGUGCGUUUCCUUUUCAUGGAGCUACAAUGGAAAUGCUCCACGUGUGGGCGUGUAUACGCACAGUCAGCUUGCAGCGGUCAGUGUCUCUCCACCUCGGCUUUCUUUGACAGCACCGCCAAAUUGGUCGUGGAGGACGGCACCGGCGAGGCCCACGUGCGCGUGGCGGGGACGCUGGUCCGACAGCUGUUAGGACUGAGCGAUUUGCAGUGGGAGGGGCUUCAACGGGCGCUGAAGGCCAGAGGGACGCUUCAAGUGUACCCCCACGGCCGAAGUCAGGCGUGCGAUGACGACGAUCUCCUUCAUUUCCUGUUGUUGUGCGCGCGAGGCGUCAACGCGCUGUUUCUGACCUGUCGCAGAGAAUUCCAGGGCGAAGAAGGUCCGAGCCAUAUCCAAGUCGACAAUAGAUCUGCUGCGAUUUUGAAUGCGUUUGUCACAAGUAGACAUCCAAUCCAUUUCAAGUCCAUAGUUAUUUUUUUAAUGAUUGAAUAAAUGAAUAGAAUGUGAUUCCUAAUAGUCGCCUUGCAAAAUAAUUGUUUGUGCUUGUUUUUUUA